AUGAAGUAGCGUCUCCAGCUGCAGAUUUUAUACAGCACACGCAUAGUCAAGGCCCGAACUACACCCUACAGGUCGAAGUUUGAGACAGUUGUCAACUAGCAGACUACUCUAGUUCAUCACAACUAAAAGGCCGACGUAGAUAUGCAAAUGCAGCAGCCUGUUACCGCCCAACCCGGUGUUGUCCAGCAGUGGAUGCCGACACCCGCGGCUAUCCCAGGAUGCCCCCCUGGUCUGGAGUACUUGACGCAGAUUGACCAGCUGCUGGUUCAUCAGCAAGUGGAGCUGUUCGAGGCCUUCACUGGUGUUGAGAUGAACAACAAAUACAAGAUCAAGAACAGCCUUGGUCAGCAGGUCUACUUUGCCUACGAGGAGACUGACUUCUGCAUGAGGAUCAUGUGUGGAAACCAGCGGGAGUUCACCAUCCAUGUCACAGACAACAACCAACAGGAGGUGAUGCGUAUCCACCGUGACUUUAAGUGCUGUGCAGGCUGCUGUUGGUGUGCUGGCUGCUGUGACUGCUGUGCCUUCGAGGUGACCGUGGAGGCUCCUGUUGGACAGCAGAUCGGAAUUGUGCGCCAGCUGGGAUCUAAGUGGAAGCCCCACUUCAGUGUGAUGAACGGUCAGCGUGACGAGAUCUUCAAGAUCUGGGGACCCUGCUGUGUGUGGGCCGGUCCCUGCUGCACCUGCGAUGUGGACUUCAAUAUCUUUGGGACAGAUGGAGUCACCAACGUUGGAGCUGUGACUCGUCAGUACGCAGGCUUUGUCCAGGAGUGUUUCACCAAGGCCAGCAACUUCAGUAUGACCUUCCCCCAGGACUUGGACGUGAAAGUGAAGGCCACACUGUUUGGGGCUGCCAUGCUCAUUGAUUUCAUGUACUUUGAGCAUUCGGACAACCAGUGAUUAUCUACAUGUGUACCUUGACAGCGCUCAGAAAAGGAUUUUAUGUACUUUGAGUACAAUGGGGACAGCGGCUAGAUGGUGGAAGAUGACAAAGGGCUUUGUGUAGAGGAGUAGACAACAUCUGACUGUAUGUAACUGUAGAGAGAUUGUGUAGAAGACAAGGCAUAUACUUGGGCAAGGUGUGUGACUAAUGCAUGUACUUUUUUCAUGGAAAUUGUAGUCUAUGUCCAAACCAAUGUCUCGCCCACAUGCAUACCUCUUUCUCUGCACAGGACCAUUCAUGCCGGCACCCACUACUUAUCAAGUUCCAUUACCAGCUCAAGGCAAAUUUUACAUUGAAAUUUCUUUUAAAUUGGAAAGGAUUUCUGAGCCCUUUUUAUGUAAUUUUAUGAUACUCAAAGACAAUUGUCAGAUAAAGAGAGCACUCAGGGGAUAGAUAGAUAUACUGUACGAUGUCAUUCCAAACACUCAUUUCAGGGUGUCCAAAUAGGGUCAUGUUUUUGAAUACCAAAGAAAAAUUGGAUGAAAAAGCAGAAUAAGUUUUUGAAAGAAAUUAAGGCCUAAGCUGUGAAAUUGACUGAUUGAAUUCUGGGUGCUGCUACAAAAAAUAAAAAUGGAAGUCAGGCCACACUUUUUCACUCACCUACACUGGAUGCUGAAAUGUUGUAAGGUUUAAUGAGAUGUUGCUACAGUUCUUUUCUUUCAUCUCGGACAUUAUGGAUGCAUUGCAAUAACCAAGGACAUUAUAUAUACAAUGUAACAUCCUUGCAAUAACUUAGUAUUAGUCUGCUGUAUAUGUAGGAUUUGCAUGCUAAUAAAUGUGUAUCAGAAAAAAUCACACCACCCACCCCUCAUACUGAGGGUAGUAUGUGUUGUAAGAAUUUUUAAACUCUACUACCUUGGAGCUGAAGUCAGCCCAGUUCGAUACCAUGUUCAGAGUCGGUUGACCUGUAUGAAUUUUGAUACCGUGAGUUCAAUAAGUAAUUUAAAAUGGAAGAGAGUACAUGUAUCUCUACAAACGGGAGUGCCAUACCUUCACACAGGGUAAUCGUUUAUGCUUGCACUGUGCUGUAUAAACUUACCUUGCUUGCAUGAACAAUAGUUUAGACCAAGAACAAAGUUAUUUGUGUUAGAAAUAUUUCACUGCCACACAGGGUAUCUCCCAUAGGAAACAAUUGAAAAGUGCAAUACUUUGAACAUGGUUAUUGAGCUGGCAUUGGACUAACAUUUAAUAUGGAGCUGACAAAGACUUUUUGCUGCUGUUGGUUGAUGCUUUCGUAUUGCAUUUUAGUAGUGGUGAGAUUGGUAUAGGUCAUAUAAUGAUGUAACCAAUACUAGUAAUAACACUUUUGUAUUCAAUUGUAGCACUUACUUUAGAAUAUAGUGUGUUCAACUUGUAGUUCAGCUGGGUGAAAGUAAUCUUAUGCAUGACCUUUUCAAGACGAUCUUAUUGUAAUUAUAGCUGAAGUAGUAGUUACCGUUUUUAACAUGUAUGAUGGGUGUACAUUCUACUUGGUUGGAUUUUUAAGUGUCAAUAAACAUAUGUCACUGUACUUCAAA